CUCAUGGAAGCUGCAGGUAAUCACAAUGCCAUCUAUCCAGCUGCCAGUGCUGCUCCUUUGCCUGACCUUGUCUGGUGUUUGCCUCAGCGGCAGGCAGUCCCCUCCAGAAGCAAGUGAAAACAUGGGAAAAAGUUCCCUGGAUGACAUCCUGCAGAGAUCUGGAAGCCACAUGCUUCAAUCUGUCCUCAAGAAGGUUGAAAAGAAAGAAGAGAUGAAUAAAGAAUUAAAUGCACCUCUGCCACAAUGGCUUUCCAAAAGACAACAUCCUGGAAAAAGAUACAUAAGUGACCUGGAGAAGAGACAGCAUCCCGGAAAAAGAGAUGUUGAGGAAGAAGCAUCUUAUGGAGACAUUCAGAAGAGACAGCAUUUAGAGAAAAGAGAAGUAGAAGACUACGUUGCCAACUAUCUGGAGCUGAAAAAGAGACAGCAUCCUGGCAGAAAGCCACUGUGGGACCAGUCCAUUGACAUCUCUAGUUCCCAGCUAACCUACUUAAAUGAGUUAUCCAAAAGACAGCAUCCAGGCAGAAGAUAUCUGAUGUACAAACACCAGCAUCCUAGCCAGAGAGGCUGGAAUGAUGAGCUAGACCUAACUGAUCACAACUGGGAGAAACACCAGCACUCUGGAAAAAGUCACAGGGAUUCUGACAGCCCAGAUUAUGUUGGUCCCUGUGACCUUCAGCAGUCUGCCAUUUGUAACAAAAGCGGCAUGUUGCUUGAUUUAGCAGAAAAUUUUAGCAAAGAGAGGGUAGAAGAAAAACGUCAGCACCCAGGAAGGAGAUCAGCAUGGGAGAAUGAAACAGAGGAAUGAGAAGGUAAUUGUUUAUCAUUUGAAUAUGGUGAAGUAAAAUGACAGAACACUACAAAAUUCUGUUUACUCCCUUCUGGCUUCCUGCUGCUGACCUCCCAACCUAUCUUUCAGUGAGUGAGUGUCCUCAUUUAAGCUAAUGGCUUUGUCACACACCUAAAAUAAAGGAACUGGGAAGCACUCAGCUGAAUGGCCCAGGCGAGUACUGACGUUUUAACUUCCUCACUUUGUGAAAUUAAGAGUAGUCAGUUCCUUUAUGGGCCUAGAGCCCAGAAUAUUCAUGUUAUCUGUGAACUAGCACAGGCUCUUUAAUAUCUGUUCUGAUGUUACUAGAGUAGAGUAGUUACAUCGUUUCCUCUCAUGUCAGUGAAAUCAGUACAUGAAUGGGAAAAAAAAAAAAGAAUAACAUAUGCAAACGACUUCAAAAUGAAACUGAAUGGGUUUUCAAUUCUAAAUGAUACGUUAAUGACACCUCGUGCACUACAAUCUAACCAGUCAAUAAGCAUUGAACAGACAGGGAGACUGCUCCAACUGCAACAGAUCAGAUGACUGGCUUCGUACUUUGAUUUGGAACUGGAAAAAAAAAUCAUCCAGGAAGCUGCAAGUGCAAAGGGUUAAUGCAUCCCAGAGCAACUCAACCCCCCAGUCGUGACCCUCGCUGCAUACACCUCAUCUUAGAAUCCCCAUGCUGAUGUGUUAACAUUUCAGUCAUUCUCCUUGAAAUAUGCCUCCUCCUUAGAUAUGUAAAAUGGAAACAAAAAGAAAAUCCUUUCUUCUGAUAGGAUUUCUGAUUUCUGCCCUCUCAAAGGAAUGCUUUCCCUUCUGUGAUCAGAUUCCCAAAAGUGUUUAUUUGACAUGAAAGAUUCAAUAAACAUCAAAAGUAAACUCUGUGUGUCCUUACUGGUAGUGCAAACAUACCGUAAUAGAGAGAAAAACUUCAAUCCAAUUCAAGCAAAGUCAAAAUAAAUAAAUGAACAGCAGCAGAUACUUUUCUAGGUGGAAGCUUCCUGCAUGCUAGUCAGCCCUUGUUCAUUUGUAAAACUGCUUUGCUAGUGCAGCAGCAAACAGAUAUAUUCCCUUUUAAAAUCCACUACCUGUAUGACACACAGGAACUGGCACCUGGGUUAAGCCCGUAGACACUUUGUCGCCCAGUUCAUAAGGAACUUCAGUUGUUUGAGACUGGUCUUGGCAGGCAAAAACUGGUUUGGGGCAGCCUUGUUUUAAACAAAAGAAGAAAGCUUGACUGAUCUGUGCUGCUUAAACCUUCUGAGUUCCAUAACCUUCUGCAAUGUAGUUAUACAGCAAGUCAUGCUAACAUGCAACUCACUAAAGAGAAAAAAAAGAGUUCGGUGAUCUUGUGCCAUGUGCUUGGUAGAUGGCUUUGCUGUAGCUGAGCUUUACUGGAUGUGAUUGAUUACUAUGCAUGCACGCACAUACACAUACCUCUUAGAAUUGUGUAAACAACCAUUUAUAUGAAAUUAAAAUACCUCUAUAUGGAUUUGCAUGGGCUGCAAACACCAGUCUAUUGUGUGUUUUGUUCAAGGUUCCUACCGUUCUAAAAAGAUGUCAUUAUGUGAGGUUCAUUCAUGCACUGUACUAGCAGUGGAGAGAACAAAAAUUACAAGUCUGAUUUCCUGUUCGCACAUCUAAACACUAGAUCUACUGAUAUUUGCAAUUAAUGCACAUUUAUUGAAAAUGGAGAGCUAUUCACAU